UUUGACGAGUAUUUUGACAAAUCCGUCAAUAAUUCAAUCAAUUUAAAACAUUUUUCAUGAAAACUCAACGCUAAAAUCGAAACAAUGUUCAGUUGGUUAAAUAAAGUGCCCGAAACGCACCCAGAAUGCUUUCUGAACGUCGUGGAUGGACUGAAGAGCAUUUAUAAGAAUAAGCUUUUACCUUUGGAGCAGCAUUACUUGUUCAACGAGUUCCAUUCUGCCCCGCUAAGCGAUGCCGAUUUUGAUGCAAAGCCGCUAAUUUUGUUGGUUGGACAAUAUUCCACAGGAAAGACCACCUUCAUCAGAUACCUGCUGGAGAGGGAGUUCCCCGGGAUGCGGAUCGGUCCCGAACCGACCACGGACAAAUUUAUUGCGGUGAUGUAUGGUGAAAACGAUGGAGUAAUUCCAGGCAAUGCCCUUGUAGUGGAUCCAAAAAGGCAAUUCAGACCUCUAUCGGCGUUCGGCAACGCGUUCCUUAACCGAUUCCAAUGCUCUCUACUCAAGUCUCCAGUUUUGAAAGGAAUGACCAUUAUAGAUACGCCCGGUAUUCUUGCAGGCGAAAAACAGCGAAUAGACCGAGGCUACGACUUCACUGGAGUGCUGGAAUGGUUCGCCGAACGAGUGGACCGCAUUAUUCUGCUUUUCGACGCGCACAAGCUGGACAUUUCCGACGAAUUCCGGCGUUCGAUCGAAGCACUUCGCGGUCACGACGACAAAAUCCGAAUUAUCCUCAACAAGGCAGAUAUGGUGGACCAUCAGCAGUUGAUGCGUGUAUAUGGGGCACUGAUGUGGUCACUGGGCAAGGUACUGCAGACGCCUGAGGUAGUCAGAGUGUUUAUAGGAACGUUCUGGGAUCAACCCUUAAGGUAUGACAUCAACAGAAAACUAUUCGAAGAUGAAACACAAGAUUUGUUCAAGGAUUUCCAGAGUCUACCCAAAAACUCUGCGCUCAGAAAACUAAACGAUCUGAUCAAAAGAGCCCGUCUAGCUAAAGUACACGCUCUUAUCAUAGCGGAAUUGGAAAAAGAAGUUCCGAUUUUCGGUAAAGAAAAGAAGAAGAGAGAUUUGAUCAAGAAUUUAGAUCAUAUUUAUGAUAGGAUCAGACGAGAGCAACAGAUAUCAGUUACGGAUUUGCCUGACGUAGAAAAAAUGAAGGAGAGCUUGUCAAAGUACAAUUUUAGUAAGUUUCAGCCGCAUAAACCUAAAUUACUGGAGGAAGUUGACAGAAUGUUAUCGGAGGAUAUAGCAAAAUUGAUGGCCAUGGUACCGCAUGAUACAAGUCCACCAACAAUGUUAGAGGUCAAAGGUGGAGCGUUCGACAACGUGGAAGAAAAGCAGACUCCAUUUGGUUACAAAAGUGGAGAAGGAUGCAAUGCUGGAUUUGGUGAACCAGAAUGGAUAGUGAACAAAGAACGAGCAUCAUAUGACUUGCUGUUUGACAGUUUGGUGCCAGUCAAUGGUAAAUUAUCUGGAGCAACAGUAAAGGCUGAGUUUAUGAAAUCCAAGCUGCCCAACUCCGUCCUGGCCAAAAUUUGGAAACUUUCCGACGUAGACAAAGAUGGCUGUUUGGAUAGAGAUGAGUUUGCCUUGGGAAUGCAUUUGAUCAACGUGAAAUUAAAUGGUAACGAGAUUCCAGUGCAGCUACCGGAUCAUUUGGUGCCACCCAAGAAAAAAGAUAAAGUAUAUACGAUUGGGUCGUGUUAAGAAAGGAGGAAGAUAAUGAUAAUGAUUGAGAAAUGAAAGAAGCGAUUCUGGAUUAAUAUGUGUAUAGAUGUAUUAAAUUCAAUAAAGCUUAAAUUAUUAUGGUA